AUGAAGAUUCCUUUACUGGCCGUAAUUGCCAGCGUUCUCACCGCUGAAGCAACUGCAAACACCACUCCUGCCGAGAAUGUCUACGUUGAUACCUUGAUUGCGGUCGAAAGCCUUCGCCGAAGCCUACCUAACUCGCGCAAAGGCUACACUCCCUCCUUCCAAAACUGCCCUGCCAAUCGGCCAGUGGUUAGAAGCGCCGCAGCGCUCUCGCCGAACGAGACACAGUGGCUGCAACAGAGGAGAAAUAAAACUGUGACACCACUGCGGAAUUUGUUAAAUCGCUUGGAUAUCGAAGGGUUCAACGCGGGUCAAUACAUUGACACCCAUUCCGACAAUGCCUCCGCGCUACCGAACAUCGGCAUCGCAGUGUCGGGUGGCGGCUGGCGAGCGCUGAUGAACGGCGCGGGCGCCAUCAAGGCGUUCGACUCUCGGACAGUCAACAACACCGGUGAGGGCAAACUUGGUGGCCUUCUUCAAUCGGCCACAUAUCUCUCUGGGUUGAGCGGCGGCUCGUGGCUUGUCGGAUCCAUAUACAUCAAUAACUUCACCACCAUCGGUGCACUGCAGGCUGAUAGCAGUGGCUCCGUCUAUGAGUUUGGCAACAGUGUGUUUCAGGGCCCUGAGGAGGGCGGCAUUCAGAUCUUCAACACCGCUGAAUACUACGCAGAUCUCGUUAGCGAUGUCAAUGGGAAAGCAGAUGCGGGUUUCGAUACGUCGUUGACCGAUCUCUGGGGACGCGCUCUCUCCUAUCAGUUGAUCAAUGCCACUGGCGGUGGUGCUGCCUACACUUGGUCGUCCAUUGGAAUCUCACAGCCCUUUAUCAGCGCAGACACUCCUUAUCCGAUCAUCAUCGCCGACUCCCGAGCUCCAGACGAAAGGCUCAUUUCAGCCAAUACCACCAUCUUCGAGUUUAAUCCGUUCGAGAUGGGCACAUGGGAUCCUACUGCUUUUGGUUUUGUCCCACUGAACCAUUUGGGUACCAAUUUCACCGGUGGCCGCGUACCAUCGGGUGACCAGUGUGUGGUUGGUUUUGACAACGCCGGAUAUCUCAUGGGCACUUCAUCUACUCUAUUCAACCAGUUUAUCCUCCAGCUCAACAACACGGAUAUCCCGGAUUCUUUACGGAAUCUGCUAGGAGGACUUUUGGAAGAUCUUGACCAGAGUAACAACGAUAUCGCCGAUUAUACCCCGAAUCCCUUCUACCGGUACAAUCCUGAAACGAACCCAGGUGCUGAUUCAACUCGGCUGACGCUCGUCGACGGCGGUGAAGACCUGCAAAACAUUCCCCUUCAUCCCCUGAUCCAGCCAACCAGAAAUGUCGAUAUUAUCUUCGCUGUCGAUUCUUCAGCUGACACCACCUAUUUUUGGCCCAAUGGAACCUCACUGGUUGCCACCUACGAGCGUUCGAUCAGUGAUAUGGCGAACGGCACUGCUUUCCCUACCGUCCCGGACGUAAACACAUUUGUCAAUCUAGGUCUCAAUACAAGGCCAACCUUCUUUGGCUGCGAUACAUCGAAUUUCACCGGGGGCACCACUCCCCCUUUGGUCGUCUACCUGCCAAACUCACCGUAUGUGUCGUUCAGCAAUAUUUCCACCUUCCAAUUCUCGACGAAUAAUACACAACGCGACGCCAUCAUCGCGAAUGGCUUCAACGUGGCCAACAUGGGCAAUGGUACUCGCGACGAGACGUGGCCCACAUGCGUGGCAUGUGCGAUUUUGAGCCGCAGCCUGGAACGUACCGACACCGAGGUUCCCCAGGCCUGCACUCAGUGCUUCGACCGGUUCUGCUGGGAUGGCACUGUGAAUGCGACACAGCCGAGAGAAUACGACCCUACGCCGAUAUUUCACGCAGUGAGUCUUGAGAGUAAGGGUACGAGGUCGUUACCUGGGUGGGCCGCUCUCGGUGCGGCUGUGGUCUUGGGCUAUCAUGCUUUGUAA